AUGAGAAGAAGUGAUUCAAUUGCUGAUUAGGUAUAAAUAAAAUCUGAUUUCAUUCUGAGAUUGCUUUAGAAUAAAAAUAAAUUCAUGUUUAUUAAUACCAACAUAAUUUAUAAGUUAGCAAAUUACAUAACAAAUUUCAAUAUUUAAUUUGUCAUUACCUGAAAGAUUAAUAUCUAAAUAUAAAAUAUUUAUAUUUAACAAAGACUCCAUUUUAGAUACACCUGGUGAAAUAAAGGAAUGGUUAGAAUAAAUAUACUAAUAAUGAUUAAUCAUUAAUUGAUAUAAAUGCAUAAUAAUUAUCAAUAUUGGGAUAAAAAUUAGAAAGAAAAUUCAAUUUUAAGUAACAGUUGUAGAAAAACAUAAAUUAAAGCAAAGUAAUGAAAGAACUAUUUAAGGUUUUUAAUGAAUAAAAAAAAUUAAAAAUAAAUUAAAUAAUUAACUCUAAGAAAGGUCUGAUUCAAAUUCAAAUUAAUCAAUAGAAAGAAGUUAAAAAAUUAUAUGAUAAAGAAACAAUCAAAAAAGAAAUUUAGAAGCUAUUAAAAAAAUAAAUCAUGCAGUUUAUUUAUUAAUAAUAUUUAUAAAAUAUACUAUAAUAAUUUAUGAGAAAUUCUGAGAGUUUUUUGAAAAGUGAUGGUGAUAGAAUAUUUUUAAAAGAUGAAGAAAAGGAGGAUUAUAAUAAUUAACAAAGAUGAAAAAUAAAUAACUAAAAGAAAGUUAAAGAAUAAAAGGUAUAAUUGUAACCUAAGACUUAAUAAGUUCAAGAAUAAUAUUAGAUGAAGAGAUAAAAAAUUAAUAGAGUUUUGAAGAUUAUAAAAAAUAGACCAUAAGAAAAAGAAAAUGUAAUAUUUAUAAUAAUAACUAAGAGAAAAAGUUAUUGGAAGAACCUUUUAAUUAUAGAAUUAAUCCAAAAAACUUUCGGUAUAAAAGUAACAAAUCUAUAUAUAAAUAUAAUGAUUGGGAAAAUUUAUAGAGAAAGAUAAUAUAUUUUUAUAGGUAUAUAUAAAAGAGAGCUUUUUAGAAGAGAAGAGAAAGGAUUAAUUUAAUUAAUAAAGAGUAAGAAUUUUUAGGAGGAAAAUGA